GCAGGUACAUAUAUAUAUACAUAAUAGACCCGUAGAAGCCAAAGAUGAAAGAAAUCAUAAAGUCAACAUUGAUACAAUACAAGGAAAGAAAUAAAAAAUAAAAAACAAAAAAGAUAUUCUUAGAUCUGUCCUCCUCUCUGAACUUCUUCUUCUUCUUAUUCAUAAUCUCACAUCACCAUCACUCUUUCUCUCUUUUCUCUGUGAACAAUAAAUUCCACAGUUUCCUUUUCUUUUCUCAGACUUUUUUGUUUCUUGUAUUUCCUGCCAAAUCUCACAGUUCUACUCUCUAAUCAAUCAAAAUACAUUUUCUCAUUUCCUAACACAAAUACCUUUUUUUUUUUCUACAGAAGAAAAAAACACCUCUCUCAAACACAUCCAGAUUCCAAAUUCUUGAUGAGAUGAGAAAAACUCAACUUCUAACAUUGUUACUAGGAGUAUCUCUAUCAGCAUUCUUGAUUGUAAUCUUGUUCAUCGUCUUCUUUAGAAGAAAAGUAUCCUCAUCAUCAUCAUCUACUGAAUCAGAUCAAUACGACGUCGAGUCACUCGACCACAACAAACAAGGACAUUCUUCUGGAACAGAGGAGCUCGUAACGUUCCAAGGCGGAGAAGAUCUCACGAUCUGCGAUAUACUCGAUGCUCCAGGAGAAGUCAUCGGUAAAUCAAGCUACGGUACUCUGUACAAAGCUUCUCUGCAACGUAGCGGCAAGACUAGAGUUCUUAGGUUCCUCAGACCGGUUUGUACAGUGAGAUCGGAUUCUAAGGAGUUUAAAGGUGUCAUUGAGACGCUUGGGUUCGUUCGACAUGAGAAUUUGGUUCCUUUGUUAGGUUUCUAUGGUGGAAACAGAGGAGAGAAGCUUAUGGUUCAUCCUUUCUUUGCUUCUUGGAAUCUUUCUGAGUUCAUCCGAAGUGGAGAUGAUGAGUCUAAAAAAUGGAUCAACAUUUUAAGCAUUACAAUUGGAAUAUCUACAGCUCUUGAUCAUCUCCACACAGGAAUGCAAAAACCAAUCGUCCAUGGCAAUCUGAAAACCAAGAACGUUCUUCUGAGUCCGAGUUUCGAACCUCGAAUCUCUGAUUUCGGUUUGCAUUUGCUUUUGAACUUAGCUGCAGGACAAGAGAUUCUUGAUGUUUCUGCAGCUGAAGGAUACAAAGCUCCUGAGUUGAUAAAGAUGAAGGAAGUGAGCAUAGAGAGUGAUGUGUAUAGUCUCGGUGUGAUCAUGCUUGAGCUAGUCUCUGGUAAAGAACCGAUAAACGAGAAUCCAACGGGGGAUGAUGAGUUCUAUCUUCCUGAUUUCAUGAGGAAUGCGGUUCUUGAUCAUAGGUUGUCUGAUUUAUACCGUCCUGAGAUUCUCAGGAGUGAUGCUAAUCUGAGUGAAGAACGUGUCCUCAAGUAUUUUCAGCUUGCAAUGUCUUGUUGCUCUCCUUCGCCUUCUCUUAGGCCAAACAUCAAGCAAGUCUUGAGGAAACUCGAAGAGAUUAGGAAAUGCUAGAAGAAUUUGAGAAUGAUUGGCCACG